CACUGUGUUGCAAGAUGGCGCCGCUCAAGGCAGCCGUGCUAUUUUGGUGCGCUCUGUUUGUUUUGUUCAUGUUUGUUUAUACCAAAGAAGAGCUCAUAAACAUCAGGGGAAAAACACCAGCGGAUUUAAUUCCUACUUUUCUCGUGUCAUCAGUGAAAUUAUUAGACAUUUUGGUCAAGGCUUCACUCUCCGUUGUUCAUGUGGUGAAGUGCUGGAGGAGGGGGAGGAGGUCCGAUACACUGGUGUGACUACGCCCAAGAGGACACCGCACGCCGCUACCGGGUAUAUUUCUCAACAACGUGUGCUCACUGUGCAAUAAACUGAAAGAACUUCAGCUACUGGUAGGGAAAAACAGAGACUUUUAUUCAUCUUCUGUUCUGUGCUUCACGGAGACGUGGCUGUGUGGAUCAAUACUGGACUCCGCGCUGCAGCUGGCUGAUUUCUACAGAGCAGACCGUAACAGAACUCUCUGGCAAAACAAAAGGUGGUGGUGUCUGUUUUUACAUUAACAAUGGCUGGUGUAAUGAUGUGACAGUGAUUCAGCAGUGCUGUUCUCAUGACCUGGAGUAUUUACUGAUAUACUGUAAACCAUUUUACUCUCCCCGCUAGUUUGCUUCCUCUGUGUAUACAUUCCACUGCAGGCCAACGUGCUCGACACACAACGCACAACCAGAUAGUGUGGGUCAAAGCAGUGACCCUGACAUCUGUGGUUAUGAAGUCCUUUGAGUGCCUUUUGUUGUCCCACCUUAAAUCCAUCACAGACCCACUCCUGGACCCCUUGCAGUUUGCCUACAGAGCCAACAGGUCUGUAGACGACGUAGUUAACAUGGCCCUUCACGUCAUCCUCCAGCACCUGGACUCCCCACAAACCUAUGCCAGGAUCUUGUUUGUGGAUUUCAGCUCUGGAAGCAGCAUGUUAAACUGGGAAAACAUGUUUCUGACUCCAGGACCAUCAGCACCGGAUCCCCUCUCCCUGUACAGCUGCACCUCCUUUCACCAGACCGUCAAGCUCCUGAAGUUUGCGGCUGACCUCUCCCACCCUGGACACAAACUGUUUUAGACACUCACCUCUGGCAGGAGGCUGCGGUCCAUCAGGACCAAAACCUCUCGCCACAGGCACGCACACACACACACACACACACACACACACACACACACAAUUUUAAUUUUAGCAGCUAUAAGUCAGGCUAAAGUCCAUCAAAAUAUCCUAAAACCAGAGGAAUCCCAAAUAUGUUUUGGAGCUGGAAGCUGCAGUAGAGUAAUUAGAGUGAUCAGAUGAUUGAUGGUGUUUUCAGAAUCAGAAUCAGAAUCAGCUUUAUUUGCUAGGUAUGUGUACACAUAUGAGGAAUCUGACUCUGGAUUGUACAUUGUUCACGAUAUGCUAACUUACAAUACAAUAAUAAAAUCACACUCAUGUACACAGUGUGAUGGAGCAUAGUGCAAAGGUUGCUGGAAUAAAUAAGUAUGUGUUGUAGUAGGUGUUAUGUACAUGCGGUAGGUGGAUUUGGUAUACAGUAUAUACAAUAUAAAAAAUGACAAUAUGAACAGUAUGAACAGCUCUGAAAUAGAAAAUGAUGAGUAAAUAAUAAGUGGUAGCCAGUAAACAGGUGGCUGAUUAGAGACAGAGUUACUGGGUUAUUGCACAGGUAUUGUUCGCAACACUGUAAGGCAGAAAUCAGCUAUUCAUCAGAUUGAUGGCUUGUGGGAAGAAACUGUUCCUGAGUCUGUUGGUUCACCGUUUGCACAAACUCUGCUGUGAAGAGUAUAACAUGCUGUAAUAAAGUUAUAUAAACAAGGACUUUUUAUUUAUUUUCUGUGGCAGCAUACACAAUACAGCUUUCACUAUUACCAGUAUACUGCAACCUGAGCUUAUGUACACACUUUAUAGCAGACUAAUAUAAUUAAACUACUCCUCAGCAGCAACCAGCAGAAACACUGAAAACCCAAUUUAAUAUUAGAAUAUAUUUUUUUAUAUCCCCCAGCCUUAGAGGAAGAGUUAGGAUUUGAAAUAACCGUGAAUAUCUUUUAUUUUUACAAAAAGACUCCUGGAGUGGCUAGUAGUGAGUGUGACAUGACUUGUACUUGACAAGGAUAGAUGUUACUAAAAUAUAAUCAUAUUGGGCAAAAUAAGAAAUAAAGGCCUGGUUCUUGCUACAGUUGAGUUGAGCAUUCUCCAUAACUCAUGUUAACAUGAAACAAUUUAGUAAGUGUAGAACGGGACUUUUCUAAUGGGAUGGUGGAACACAUAAUGUACAUCUGCACAAGGAAAAUGCAGCAUUCGUCCAGAAACCACUGCCCGCUAACACACUUAUUAACCAUCAAAGUCCAUUCUCUACAUGUGCAAAAAAUAUAUCCCAAUCUAUGUUGCGGAAUAUUUCUACUAGUUUACUGAUUCUGAUUUUUUGUGCGUGUGUACAUGUAGAUUCGCAGUGUGCAGGUUCUCCCAGUAGACUAUGAGAUAGAGUACAUCUGCAGGGGCAACAGGAUGAUUGUGGGACCCAAGGUCAGGAAGUGUUUGCCCAACGGCACUUGGACCGAUCUGAGCCAGAGCAGCAGAUGCUUGUUGUUGUGUCCUCGUGUGUGGACAUCAUUGGAAAAUGGCCGAGUGUCUUCUUGGCCCCUGGGGCCUGCGGUGGAGGGGACAGUGCUACAUUACAGCUGUCUGCCUGGUUUCAUCCUGAUGGGCCACAACGCAACACAGUGCAAUAAGAUGGGGAAGUGGGACAUGCCCAAACCUGUGUGUCAUUAUGAUCGGCACUACAAAGGCAAGAAGAAGCUCUACAUCGGAGCCCUCUUCCCCAUGAGUGGAGGCUGGCCCGGAGGACAAGCCUGCCUCCCCGCCGCUCAGAUGGCUCUGGACCUGGUGAAUAAAAGGACCGACAUACUGCCGGACUACGAGCUGGAGCUCAUACACCACGACAGUAUGUGUGAUCCAGGGGAGGCCACCAAGCUGCUGUAUGACCUUCUGUACACAGAGCCUAUUAAAAUCGUGCUGAUGCCAGGCUGCAGCUCCGUGUCCACACUGGUGGCUGAGGCUGCUCGUAUGUGGAACCUUAUAGUGUUAUCGUAUGGCUCCAGCUCUCCGGCUCUGUCCAACCGCCAGCGUUUUCCCACCUUCUUCCGCACUCAUCCAUCUGCCACACUGCACAACCCAACUCGAGUGCAGCUCUUCCAGAAGUGGAAAUGGACCAAGAUUGCCACCAUUCAGCAAACAACAGAAGUUUUUACAUCUACUCUGGAUGAUCUAGAGGAGAGGGUGAAGGAGGCAGGCAUUGAAAUCAGCGUUCGUCAGAGUUUCCUCACCGACCCUGCUGUGGCUGUCAAAAACCUCAAGCGCCAAGAUGCCAGAAUUAUCGUUGGUCUGUUCUAUGAGACGGAGGCCAGGAAGGUCUUCUGUGAGGUGUACAAGGAGAAGCUGUAUGGAAAAAAGUAUGUGUGGUUCCUUAUCGGUUGGUACGCAGACAACUGGUUUAAGAUCAAGGACCCAUCCAUUAACUGUACAGUGGAGCAGAUGACAGAGGCUGUGGAGGGUCAUGUUACCACUGAGAUUGUCAUGCUCAACCCAGAGACAGUGCGAGGAGCCUCCAACCUGACCUCCCAGGAGUUUCUAGCCCAGCUGAUGUCUAAACUUGGAGGUAAAAAUCCAGAGGAGACAGGUGGUUUCCAGGAGGCCCCGCUGGCAUAUGACGCUGUGUGGGCUUUAGCCCUGGCCCUCAACAAGACUGUGGGGCCCCUAAAGGUCAAGGGUCACCGGCUAGAAGAUUUCAACUACAACAACCGAGAUAUCACAGCUGAGAUCUACCGAGCGCUGAACACCAGUUCCUUCGAGGGGGUUUCAGGUCAUGUUGUAUUUGACGCGCAAGGUUCCCGAAUGGCUUGGACUCUUAUUGAACAGCUUCAAGGAGGGAGCUAUAAGAAGAUUGGAUACUACGACAGCACUAAAGGCAAUCUAUCCUGGUAUGGAAAUGACAAGUGGAUAGGCUCAGGACCCCCUGCAGACCAGACAGUGGUCAUCGAGGAGUUUCGCUAUCUGUCCCAAAAGCUCUUUGUGUCUGUGUCUGUCUUUGCUGGGUUGGGGAUCCUGCUGGGAAUCGUCUGCCUCACCUUCAACAUCUACAACAGCAAUGUCAGGUACAUUCAGAACUCUCAGCCAUACCUUAACAACAUGACUGCAGUGGGCUGCAUGAUGGCUCUGGCUGCUGUCUUCCCUCUGGGCAUCGAUGGCCUUCAUGUCCAGAGGAGACAGUUCCCCGCCGUUUGCCAGUUUCGCCUAUGGCUGCUUGGUCUAGGUUUCAGCCUUGCUUAUGGCAGCAUGUUCACCAAGAUCUGGUGGGUCCACACCGUCUUCACCAAGAAGGAGGAGAAGAAGGAUAAGAGAAAGCAGCACCUGGAACCAUGGAAACUCUACGCAACUGUUGGUGUUCUGCUCGGCAUUGAUAUCCUUUCUCUCAUGAUCUGGCAGAUUGUGGAUCCUUUACAUAUCACAGUGGAGAAAUUCACUAGAGAAGCCCCUAAAGGAGACCUGGAUGUUUUGAUCCAGCCUUUACUGGAACACUGCAGUUCACAAAAGAUGAACACUUGGCUGGGUGUGGUGUACGGUUAUAAAGGCUUACUGCUGCUGCUCGGCAUCUUCCUGGCCUAUGAGACCAAGUCCAUCUCCACAGAGAAGAUCAAUGACCACCGAGCUGUGGGCAUGGCCAUCUAUAAUGUUGCUGUUCUGUGUAUGAUCACAGCUCCAGUCACCAUGAUCCUGUCCUCCCAGCAGGACGCUUCCUUCGCCUUUGCGUCCUUGGCCAUUGUCUUCUCGGUCUACAUCACCCUAGUGGUUCUGUUCGUCCCCAAGAUGCGGCGUCUCAUCACCCGGGGUGAGUGGCAGUCAGAUGCCCAGGAGACCAUGAAGACCGGCUCAUCCACCAAUAACAAUGACGAGGAGAAGUCCAGACAACUGGAGCGAGAGAACAAGGAGCUACAGAAGAUCGUUCAGGAGAAAGAAGAGCGUGUGUCGGAGCUGAGAAACCAGCUGUCUGAGCGACAGGCCCUGCGAUCCAGGAGAAGAGCUUCCACUGUCACCAAUCAGAACCACAGCUCUCCCCCCCUUACCAUCGCCCAGAGCGACCCCAGGUCUCUGGCCCCUCCUCCAGGGUACCCUGCCCCCACCUCUGAUCCCCACACUAUCUCGCCGUCCUUCGCAAACUCGUCCAGCCUCUACCAGCCAGACAGCAAGAUUAGCCGGAAUAACUGCCACGCCAGCCGGCUGCAGCUGCUGUACAAGUGAGAUGGUGGUGAACAUUGGAGGGAGGAGGACAGUAAUUACAUUCAUAGCUACAUAGAGUAUCUUUGGAGGAGCUGACUCCAAAACUCAUUUCACUGAUCAGCUGCAGGAGGCCAGAGGAUAACCAGUGGAAAGGUUAAUAUAAAUCUUUUUUUAAGAGAGGAUUUACAUUUGCACUUGUUUCACUCUUUCCAAGCUGAUCAUCAUGUUGUUUUUCUUUUUCUUCUCUGACAGAUAAAAACAUGUACAUACAUCUUGUUAAUUAUACAAUUUUGCAUCUGUGAUCCGCCAGUGAUUUAUGUGCCAUCUAGAGUUUGAGAAAAAAUGCUCAGACUUGACUUUUCACUAAGACCUGACCUUAUUAGCUUGAAUUACUAACCUGUCAAGCUCUCCAUUGUAAUGUAAUGCAAUUUACAGUGGUGGCAGAUUUACCAUCAAAGUUUGUGGUAAUGUCUGAAACAAUAAGUCCUUGCCUUGACAAGAGAAGGCAAAAGCAGCUUCUUGAUUUUGUCGCUGGCAGAUUUCAUCUGAUGAUUUAUUUGCUAAUUAACGUUAGAUCCUUGAGUUGGUUGAAAACUGUCUUCAGCUGACUCACUUUAAAAUGAGUAGCCUGUAAAAUGGUCUUUAAUAUGCACAUGCUGGCUACCUACAUGAUAUUAUGCUAAAAGACUGAGACGAAAGCUUCAUUUCCCAGGGGAAAAGUCAGCAUUUCCACCAGUUGAUGAUGAUCCAUUUAGAAGACAUGGGGAAAAAAGGAGCAGCAUUCUUUAUGUACUGUGGGGCAGCUGAUUAGGCCUAGGAUUAUAAGGCAGUAUGAUAAAGAAAAGGUAAUGUGAUUUCAUUCUAACAUACAUAGAUUUAUCAUUUAUUGUUCAUAUUCAAACAGUAUGUUUCACUUUUACAGGUGAAAAAACUUGAGGAUGUGUAGUAAAGUAACCAAUGAGUUUGGAAAACUGGGGGAAUGCUAUCUGGGGUAAAGUGUUAGGCUCGAGUGUAAACCUCCACAAAUCCAAUAAAGAGCACAAGAGAGCCACUAACGUUGGCCUAAACUCUGAUAUAGAUGCAUUCAAGCCCGGCUCAAAUGACCCUUGGCCUUGGACGUAACGCUAGGUUAUACUGUAGGUAGUAUGCAGUUAGUACAACAGAUUAACACACUGUGUGUACUUGGUAUCCAAACCACUCGUAGGGUUGUAUCCUUUUAACCCUUCAAAACCAACACAAGGGUGUAGGGAAUGAAAUGAAUUGUGUUUGUGUAGCUUGAGUCUCAGUCUGUUAAAUAUCUUAAAUGUAGCCUUUAAGUGCAUAUUUAAAGACCCUUUGAACAUGGCUCUCAUUUUAAACAAGUCAACUAGAAAGAAUUAAUUCUUCAGCCAUCACUGAGUUAGUGUUAAUUAUUCAAUUAAAUCCUUUUUUAUUUAUAUAGCGCCAAUUAGCUGAUAAAAUCUGCUAGCAACAGUUCAUUUCAGCUGACAGAAUCUAGCAUCACUGACUGCAAAUGAAAAGCUGCUUUAUUUGCUUAUGUGUGAAAUCAAAGACUCAUUAUUUCAAAAGACUAAGAAUUUCAAUGGUAAAUCUGCUAACGUUAUCACUGAAAACUGCAGUGCUAGAAAGGGUCAACAGGAAUAACAGUAACUAAUGGGGAGUGGGGCUUGGCAAAGGGUCAAUUGGAGACUAAUAUAUUAUGGCAAAGCAUUUAUCAUAUCUGUACCUUACAAUAUUGCCUCUUAAUGUGUUUAGAUAGUGCUAUGUACUGUAUUAAGAGGCUGGACAAAAGGACAGACUUCAUGAGAAAUAAUGCCAGUUUUGUGACAAAGUAACUGGUUAUAUCCAUUACAUAGUCAUUUUAGCUCCCGUUGUUAAAUGUUUGAUAGUGGUUUUUACAUUGUCUCUGUUCAAAGAGACUUCUGAGUCAUUGUACAUAGUUGUGUGUGUUCAUGCUAAACCCCUCACUGUGGAUGAAUUCAAUCCUGCCUAUUCAGGGCUGGGAAGAAAGUCAACUGAGGACACCGCUGUUAUCUGUGAGAUAUUUACUGUAUCAAUUGUCGUGACUGCCACACUCAAGAGCUGAAGGAACAUUACAUGAGGCUAAAAGCAUAAAUUCAAACACCUUUAUCUGUUUAAUAUUUAGCUGGGUCCUGGUGUUUAACUUUCCUUUGGACAAGACAGAUAAAUACCAGAAAUAAACAGUGGACUAGUGGUCGGCUGACAAGGCUUAAAUGUCAGAAUUUGUUGUUAUGUAAUAUUUAAAGGGAACAUAUUUUGCUUUCCCUGAUUUUCUGUCAUAUAUUAAUGUUAGUAUAUGCCAAAGUUUUAACUAAUAAGGUAAACAGAUGUAAAAGCAAGCCCUGUGAUCAGAAAGCUUAGUCUUCUUGCUGCUCUGAAUACUUCGUGUCCAUCGGUGUGGAAUUCCUUAAAACUUAACUGAUUUUAAAAAUGUGGGAUAUCACAGACAUAACGACAGAUUUAACCAUUUUUUUAUAUUUUAAUCUUAAAAGCACACACAUCAAACAAUUUAGUCCAGACGCAAGACCACACACAUGGCGUUUAUACUAAACAGUUUGAGAUUGGCAGUUCCGGGGACUUGGGAUAGCACAGAAACUUGUGUUAUCAAAUGUGACUUCAGACAGAAACAAACAUGGAGGCAGACUGUCGUCGUCAGCUAGUUGUACUUGUGUGAGGUAUGUUUUGAACACAGGGAUUGAAAUGAACUUUUUGGCUCACCUGCCAAUGGGAGUGGUAGAUGAAAAAUCCACUGGCCAAAAUAAUAAAUUACCCUUUUGUGUCACACGUA